AGUGCUUAUCCUAAUUUCUCUCCUUUCGAAACAAUCGGUGCGAUACUCCGUUUUGAGUUUCACCGGCGACGAUGGCUUUGAACAAUCCGCGAAGAACACCGAGAUAUCUCGCUUUAGGUUUAUCCGAUGAACAAAUCGCCGUCCCAGAAACCGUUUACGCAGAAGUCCGUGAGAAAAACCGUCAAAGCUUGGUUUGUCGAGUUCUUAGCCCUAGAAGACAAGAUCUCUACUCGGUGAUCGAUAAACUCCGUCUUGAGUGGUGUCUCACCGAAUCUGAAUGUCACGGACGCAUAAUCGGCGGCGGGAAGUUUCAAUUCGUGUUUGAGAAAGAGCGGGAUUUGGAAAUGGUUCUUUGGUCUGGUCCUUAUACGUUUAACGGAUGGCUCGUUGUGUUGCAGAAGUGGGAAGAUGAGCAAGGUCCUGAGUUUCUGAAAUCGGUGCCGAUGUGGUUGAAGAUCCGUGGGAUUCCGAUUCAGUAUCUUUGUGAUGGGACGGUUCGUGAGAUUGCUUCGUCUAUGGGUGAGGUAAUGGAAGUUGAAUUAGAUGAUGCAAUGGUUGAUUUGAGUUCUGUGCGUGCUCGUGUGAAUGUUUGUGUGGAUACACGUUUGUGUUUUAAGAAAGUGGCUAGGUUUGAUUCUGGAGAGGUUAAGAUUGUGAGUUUUAGGUAUGAGGAUAUUGGUUGUAGUAAAGCGAGGUUUAAGUUUUGUUUUAAUUGUGGUGCUAUGAAUCAUCUCGCUAGGAAUUGUUCAGUCCCUUGGGUUGAUGUUCCUGAUCCUUAUGAACGUGAUCUUUCACCACCGCCUCAUGAGGCUAGUUUUGAUGGCUCUGCUGAGAACAAUGGUGAAGGUGGUAUGUUGGAGCAGGUCGAAGCGGCGGAUGCAUCUGCUGAUGUGGUUCAGGAUUUACCUGUUGGGGAUGGUGAGGAGCAGCAGCAGCAAGGUAUUGAUGGCGAUGAGGAAGUUAACGCGCAGGUGCAAUCUGAAAUGGUUGGAACUUCAUCUGAGGGGUCUAAAAGGAAGUUUGAUGCGGCUGAGCAGGGUGAUGAUAAUCCGGAAAAGCGGCUUAGAGGAAGCACUGAUGCAACUGAGGGAGGAAGCACUGAUGUAACUGAGGGUUUAGGGGUUAGCCUUAAACCACUUCAAGAAGAAUGAUCCUGUCAAAUUUAGAACUGUUAGGGCUCUGGGUCAUAGACAUUUCCUGACAGUUUUUAAUGUCUUCUCGGUUAGGUACUACGUAGGUUGCCUAUGUAUGCAAUGUAGUUUAUGUUGGAUAUGAUGUCUUCAAGUUCGUGGGAAGUGUUUCUAGGUUCUGCAAUCGUUUACGUUUUGGUACACAGCGGGGAUCAGAUCGUAAUGAUGGAAGUGCUUUGGUGUAUGCCGGUUUGCUAGGUUAGAGUUUCAUUUUGAAAUAUUAUGGUCUGAUCUUGCUGUGUUUAUCUUAAGGUUUUUUUUUGUGUGCAAACAUCUUUAAGGUUUCUUCAAGACUGAAGUUUCUGCUAACUCUUUGCUUGAUGUAGUGUACAAUUAAGUUAUUAAAGCAGUUUGUUUUGU